UGUCGCAAAUAAGUAAGAAAGAUUUCAAAGACAAAAUAUUCGUAGAGAUAGUAUCGAAGACGAACUAUGCAUGCAAGUAUCAUAACUGGAUGGCAUAUUACAAUCCAAUAGAACAUCUUCCACAGCAGGAAUUGAGUAAUGCCACUUCUGAAAUUGACGACACCCAUCCAGACAUUCCACAAUUUCCAUCACUUUGUGUGUACACCAAUUGCAACAAAAUGGCCGUGUCUCAUUUUUAUAACAUCUUAACUCAUUGUAUGGGAUACACUUGGCCGGAAUGCACUGGAUUAUUCCGUUUACCUCCUGUUUUCAAUGCUAACACGAAUGAUAUGACAUUAGAAGAUGUUGGAAUUACUGACGGAUUCCGUAUAGAAAUACGUAUUCUGAGAUCUGCAAAUGAAGUUGAGCAGGCACCCCAAAGAGUGGAGCCAGAUCAAGUACCCGAAGUUCAGCCGACAACCACACAGGCUUCAGAGCAGCAGCCGGCACUUGCAGCUAAACCAAAGAAAACACCAAAGAACAAUUCCCAAUCAGCUCCAUUAAGAAGAAGCAAGCGUAUCCGUAUGAAGGAAAGGGUAAAUUAUGCCGAGUAUGAUGAUAAUGAUUUUUAAUUUGUAUGUUGGGUGUUAAAAAUAAAUAAAAUUUUCUAGUUC